GCUAAAUAUUAGGCCAGCUGGCUUUAUAAAUGAGUGGAAAAGGAAUCUGGGGUGGGAGAGGCUGUGGGGAGACAAAGGCCUGACUGUCUUUACAGAGGAAAUUUUCUAGUUCUUCUCUGCCCUGAGUUUUUCCAAGCAUGCAGGCAACAAGCUUAUUAAUUCUGGUGGGAUUUAUAGCAGAGUUUCAAAUCUUCUCAAAAGCAUCUUCUCCAGUCAACUGCCAGUGGGACGCCUAUGGCCCUUGGUCAGAAUGCAAUGGCUGUACCAAGACUCAGACUCGAUGGCGUUCGGUGGCUGUUUACGGGCAAUAUGGAGGCCAUCCGUGUGUGGGAAGUGCUUUCGAAACACAAUCCUGCAACCCCGAACGAGGCUGUCCAACCGAAGAGGGCUGUGGGGAACGGUUUAGGUGUUUCUCAGGUCAGUGCAUCAGCAAGUCGUUGGUUUGCAAUGGGGAUUCUGACUGUGAGGAAGAUGGGGCUGAUGAGGAUAGAUGUGAGUCCUCAGAAAGCAAACCCUCCUGUGACAUUGAUAAACCUCCUCCCAACGUAGAACUCACUGGCAACGGCUACAACGCGCUUACAGGCCAGUUUAGGAACAGAGUUCUCAACACCAAAAGUUUCGGUGGCCAGUGCAGGAAAGUGUUCAGCGGGGAUGGAAAAGAUUUCUACAGACUAAGCGGAAAUAUCCUCUCCUAUACAUUUCAGGUCAAAGUAAAUAAUGAUUUCAACUUUGAGUUUUACAAUAGUAGUUGGUCUUACGUAAAGCACACAUCCACAGAAACUAAGUCCUCUCAUUCGAAAAGGUUCUUUUUCUUCUCGUCAUCAUCUGACAAACACAGCCGUGCUUCAGAUGUCAAGAAAACCCACAUGGAAAAGAGUUAUCAAUUGCUUGUUGUUCAGAACAGCGUUGAAGUGGCCCAGUUCAUUAAUAAUAAUCCUGAAUUUUUACAACUUGCUGAGCCAUUCUGGAAGGAACUCUCCCAUCUUCCCACUGUGUAUGACUACAGUGCCUACCGACGGUUAAUUGACCAGUAUGGGACACAUUAUCUGCAUUCCGGGUCCUUAGGAGGAGAAUACAGAGUUCUGUUUUAUAUGGAUUCAGAAAAUAACAAACAUAGUGGUUCUGGGUCAGCCCAGGAGAAGGCAUGUUCUUCUUCAGAUUAUCGGCUUUAUUUUUAUGUGUCAGCAGAUCGGAGAUGCAAGGAACUGAAGAACGCUUUGAAAUCAACUUCAGGAGACCAGAGAAGGGUGCUUCGAGGAGACCCUUUUGUCAGAGGUGGAGCUUCCGGCUUUGUGUCUGGCCUUAGUUAUCUGGAGCUGGAUAAUCCCACUGGAAACAAAGAGCGGUAUACUUCCUGGGCCAACUCUGUAACCAGCCUUCCCCAAGUCAUAAAACAAAAGCUGAUGCCAUUGUACGAGCUGGUCAAGGAAGUGCCCUGUGCCUCUGUGAAAAAACUGUACCUGAAGAGGGCUCUUGAGGAGUACCUGGAUGAAUUUGAUCCCUGCCAUUGCCGGCCUUGCCAGAAUGGUGGCCUCGCUCUUGUUGUUGGGACACAGUGCCAGUGUUACUGUAAACCUUACACAUUUGGCAUGGCAUGUGAGCAAGGAGUCCUUGUUGGCGAUCAAGCAGGAGGGGUUGAUGGAGGUUGGAGUUGUUGGUCCUCCUGGAGCCCCUGUGCUCAAGGGAAGAAAGCAAGGAGUCGAGAAUGCAACAAUCCCCCGCCCAGUGCAGGUGGGAAGGCCUGUAUUGGAGAAACAACUGAAAGCAGGCAAUGUGAAGACCAGGACUUGGAGAACUUGCGAUUGCUUGAGCCACAUUGCUUUGAUUUGUCUUUGGCUCCGAAAGGAUUCUGCUCAUCACCCCCUGCCUUAAAAGAUGGAUUUGUUCAAGGUGAAGGUACCGUGUUUCCUGUUGGGAAAAACAUACUAUAUGCUUGCAAUGAAGGGUAUUCUCUUAUUGGAGAUCCCAUUGCCAGAUGUGGAGAAGAUUUACAGUGGCUUGUUGGAGAAAUGCAUUGUCAGAAAAUUGCCUGUUUUCUGCCUGUGCUGAUGAAUGGCAUGCAGAGUCACCCCCAGAAACCUUUUUACAUGGUUGGGGAGAAGGUGACCCUUUCCUGUGCGGGUGGAAUGUCCUUAGAAGGUCCUUCAACAUUCCUUUGUGGCUCCAGCCUUAAAUGGAGUCCUGAGCUGAAGAAUGCCCAGUGUGUGCAAAAAGUCACCACCACUCUACCAGCAGCUCCUCUCUGUCGGCCCUGGGAGAAACUGCAGAACUCAAAAUGCGUGUGUAAGAUGCCCUACGAGUGCGGACCAUCCUUGGAUGUAUGUGCUCGAGAUGAGAGAAGCAAAAGGGUACUGUCCCUGACCAUCUGCAAGAUGCAUGUUCUCCGCUGUCAAGGAAGAACUUAUGGUCUCGCUGGCAAGGACAGCUGUACUCCCCCUGCCUCAGCCGAGAGAGCCUGUGGUGUGUGUCCACCGUGGAGCAAGUGUGAUGCUCAGAACAGCAAAUGUGUCUGCAGAGAAGCGUCGGAGUGCCAGGAACAAGGGUACAGCAUCUGUGUGGAAGUGAACGGCAAGGAAGAGACGAUGUCUGAGUGUGAGGCCGGAAUCUUAAGAUGCAGAGGGCAUAGCAUCUCCAUCACAGCCAUAAAGCCUUGUGCUGAAGAAGCCCAGUAGGGCCCAGGGGCCUUGGUCCUCUUCAUCAAAAUCUGGUGGGCAGUGGAUACAGAGUUAAAAUGUCUGUAACUACCCCUUAGAUCACUUUCCUCUCUCUCUUCUCUCCAGUAUUUACUUUUCCCCUUCUGUUGUUUAGCCACCUGUGCAAACAAACCGUUUUUUUCCCCAAACCCCAGUCCAGAUUUUCUCUCUUCACUUGUAAGUGAAGAGAUUUUCACAGAUUCACAGAUUUUCUUUCAUCACUUAUAAGUGAUGGUAUAGAGAACACUCACAAACCAUGGCAUGAGCUAUUUGUGAGUUUUUGGAAAAUUGUGUUGGGCUUUGCCUUUUUUUUUUUUUUGUCUGUAAAAUUACAGGAUGGUGACUAGAGACAUUCAUCCCUAAGAAUGAAUGAUGUACUCCAUGGAUCAGGGUACCUUCCCUGAAUUGAUUAGGAAAACGAAAAGAACAUGAUUUCCAGGGAGGUUGACUUUCCUCAGUGAAAUCAAACACACAAACACACACACACACACACACACACACACACACACACACACACACACACACUCGUGCGUGGACACACAUUGGAAGAAACAGACAGAUGCAAUGAUUUCCAUACUGAGUGGUAAUGUCACGCUUCACCCUACUAAGCCAACCGCACACGUGGGAUCCUUACUUUUGUCAGAAGAUCGAGCGACUUAAAUGUCAGAGCAGAAUUCAUCAUGCUAUGGUCACAGGGCUCCGUCUGCCUUCUUGUCUGAGAACAAAUAUGAUUCAGUCUCUUGGGAGGUUUUCCUCAGUAUUCAUCAAAUACAAACCCUGAAAUGACUCUGCUUUGGAAAGAAGUGCCAGUUUAUGCUAGAGCUACUGAGUAAUUCAUAUUUGAGAAUAAUCUUCCCUAGCGAGAUUUUGUCCCUGGAUUUAUCCAGAAACACACAAUUUAAAAACAUUAGCAUUAGGUUUAUUGUUUAUUCAUUUUCCAUCUAAGACGACAACAACAACAAAGAAUCCAGCUGUGAAAGAUGAAAUAUGUGGGCUUAAGCAGAGUUUAAACUAUGUGUGUAUGUGUGUUUUAUAUAUAUAUAUAUAUAUAUAUAUAUAUAUAUAUAUAUAUAUAUAUGGGCUGAUAGAUACAUUUCAAACAAACCUGAAGUUGCUAAGGAGUAGAAAACACAUUCAAGAUCCUGCUAUUUAGAUUUUUUGAAGUAUGUAGUGUUUGCUGUGCCUGAUCUAGGUUUAGCUUUUUAUAUGAGAAUUUUCCUCGAGGGUUGAUGCAAAUGUAAUGUAUGGAACUUAUGCAGAGGUGGGUCUCACUUAUUGAAAACUAUCACACUUAAAUAUAUUGAUAUGUUUAAUAAACAUAAACUGCACUGAACAUGAA